CCCGGUGACAGAGGACAUUCUACGCCAGGACGCUCGGGAAGCUCGAGCCGGAGCCAUGCUGAGGUUGCCCACCAGACUGCUCCAAGGCCCCCUGAGGUGUCAGGUGGUGCCCAAGAUGCACGUCUCCGCCAAGGCAGCCAGAAACCCCACCUCCCCCACCGAGCAGGCCGUGGGGCUCUCCCUGCUGUUCGUCAGCUUCCUGACUCCCGCAGGCUGGGUCUUAGCCCACCUGGAGAGCUACAAGAAGAGCUCGGCGUGAAGACUGGGCCCUGGGUACACCCCCAGACUGCAUUAAAGCCCUCCUCCACCAGA